GGCAAGCGUUCGGCAGGGAAAAAUGGAAUAAAAUGAACAAAGAACGCCGGAGAAAAAUGGAACGCGGAGCAAAAGGGCCGAGUCGGACUUGAUCAACAUGUCCGCUGCGGCGCUCGCUAACGUCGCGUCCUUGUGACUGGAUUCUCCUUCGAGCGUACAAAGGAGCAUCAGACGCACCUGAGAUUGCUGCCGAAUUCUCCGGAAGGACUCGGAGGAGCUUUCUGCGCGCACAAGUCAACAUUUGAUCCCGCGGUAAGCCAGAAAACCGGCAGCACUUGCACAUUGUGGACCUUUUCCUCCCAGGAGUCGUUUUUAACGAUGCUGGAAUCGUUUCCACGAUGAUCGCGGUCCUUUAAGGAUGUUUUCUUGCGACAUGGAGUGUCCUCCAUUGUUGUGAGCGUCUUUGACUGGAGCGCACACACCGACAUGGUGGAGCCGGUGGGGUUCAUCGAGGCGUGGAAGGCUCAGUUCCCGGAGUCGGAGCCCCCCAGGAUGGAGCUGAGGUCGGUGGGGGGGAUCGAACAGGAGCUGGAGAGAUGCAAGGCGUCCAUCAGGCGGCUGGAGCAGGAAGUCAACAAGGAGCGUUUCCGUAUGAUCUACCUGCAGACCCUCCUGGCCAAGGAGAGGAAAAGCUACGACAAGCAGCGUUGGGGCUUCAGGAAGACCCCGCUGAACGAGGGGGUGGACCCCGCCGCCACACAGGGGGCAGAGUCCCAGCAGCCGCACGUGCAGGAGACCGGAGGGGUGGGAUGCGCGGUCGGGGGCGGGUACCCCGCCGCCGGGGACCGGAGCCGAUAUCACGCUCACAUGGACGGAACGGGCAGAUCCAAACCGAGACCCCCGCCGGCGAGGAAGUCGGCCUCCCACGGCGACGGGCUGGAGUCGGCCUUUGAGGCGCCCCCUCAGGCCGAGUCAGCUUCCUGCGACAACCUGGACGGCCUCUCGCCCUCCAAGCAGAGAGGAGGCGUCUCCGUGUCGCCCAGAAGGCCCGCCCUGCCGCCCCCGGACAAGGAGCCGCCGUCCGACCCCAAAGACAAGCUGGGUAUGGGGCUCGGCGUGGCCGCCCUCAGGUCCAACUUUGAGAGAAUCAAGCGGGCCAACUCCCACUCGGUGGGCGACAAAGGUCAGGAGAAGCCGCCACCCCCUUUCUACUCCAACGUGGAGUUCCACCAAGACCGGGGGCUGGUCCGCGUCAACGAGCGGGAGAUCUCCGACAAAAUGGGUACGCUGGGGAGUCAGGCCAUGCAGAUGGAGAGGAAGCGCUCACUCCACUCCCUGCCGGGUAACCUGGCGACCGUGGCCGGCGAGCUCCGCGCCAGGCCCGUCUAUAGGGGGCGCUCCACCGAGAGCACCUGUGGGUAUGACGCCGAGUACGAGGACGGUGAGCCCGCACAGAGAACUCGAGCCAAUGGCGGGAAACCCCCGCCGCCGCCUUGGCAGCCUUCCGACUUCCAGGCCUACUCUAGCGUCUAUGUGGGCGGGGUCAUGAUGGGCGAGGGCGGCGUCGGCGGGGACGGCCGAGUCCAAAUGAGAGACCACGGCGGCGCCGACGACCACCUCCUCACCUGGCCCCGCCGCUCCUACUCGCCGGGGAGCUUCGAGGACGUGGGCGGAGGCGGCGGCUACACGCCGGACUGCAGCUCCAACGAGAACCUGACGUCCAGCGAGGAGGACUUCUCGUCGGGACAGUCCAGCCACGUGUCGCCCAGCCCCACCGCCGCCUUCCGCCGGCCCUUCCGCGAGAAGAGCCGCUCGCCGUCGCAGAACUCGCAGAACUCGCAGCACUCCUUCGACAGCAGCAGUCCGCCCACGCCGCAGUCGCAGAAGCGCCACCAGCGGCAGCAGGGCCCGCACCUGGUCAUGUCCGAGGCCACCAUCGUCAGCGUCCGCAAGACGGGCCAAAUAUGGCCGCCUGUCGGGCCCCAGCCCGGCAGGGCGGCGCAUGACAACAGUUACCACGGCGACCACCUGGACGGCCAUUACAGCGGGACUCCGCCCUCUUACGGCUACGACGCCGACCGCGCCGAGGAGCAGCGGCGCCACCACGACAUCCUGCCCUACAUCGACGACUCGCCCUCGUCCUCGCCGCACCUCAGCUCCAAGAGUCGCAGCAGUCGGGACACGCUCUCCUCGGGAUCCAUCGAGUCUGCCAAGUCGACGGAAUGUGAGCUGGAGAAAGGUCUGGAAAUGAGGAAGUGGGUUCUGUCUGGGAUCUUGGCCAGCGAAGAAACAUACCUCAGUCACCUGGAGGCGCUGCUGCUGCCCAUGAAACCCCUGAAGGCGGCGGCCACAACGUCCCAGCCGGUCUUGUCUCCGGCCCAGAUAGAAACCAUCUUCUUCAAGGUGCCAGAACUCUACGAGGUCCACAAGGACUUCUAUGACGGACUGCUCCCCCGUGUCCAGCACUGGACUCACCAGCAGAGGGUGGGAGACCUCUUCCAGAAACUGGCCAGCCAGCUGGGCGUGUACCGAGCGUUUGUGGACAACUACGAGCUGGCGGUGGACACGGCAGAGAAAUGUUGUCACGCCAACACCCAGUUUGCAGAAAUAUCAGAGAACCUGAAGGUCCGAAGUCCCAAAGACUGCAAGGAGCCCACGGCCAAGAACUCCCUGGAGGCCUUGCUGUACAAGCCAGUGGACCGAGUCACACGCAGCACGCUGGUGCUCCACGACCUGCUCAAGCACACGCCCACAAGCCACCCGGACCACCCGCUGCUGCAGGACGCCUUGCGCAUCUCGCAGAACUUCCUGUCCAGCAUCAACGAGGAGUCCACGCCACGCCGCCAGUUGAUGACCGUGAAGAAGGGCGAGAACCGCCAGCUGCUGAGGGACACCUUCAUGGUGGAGCUGGUGGAGGGAACCAGGAAGCUGCGCCACGUCUUCCUCUUCACCGACCUGCUGCUCUGCGCCAAACUGAAGAAGUCCAUGGCGGGCAAGAACCAGCAGUACGACAGCAAGUGGUACAUCCCCUUGAGCGAGCUCACCUUCCAGGGACCCGAGGAGGCCGAGCCCCUCAGCGUGCCCCAGGUCCCCGAUGAGGAGCUGGACGCCAUGAAGGUGAAGAUCUCCCACCUGCGCUGCGAGAUCCAGCGAGAGAAGAGCGCCAACAAGGGUUCAAAGGUCAUCGAGCGACUCCGGAAGAAGCUGUCGGAGCAGGAGUCGCUGCUGCUCCUGACCUCUCCCAGCAUGCACCUCAGAGUCUACAACAAGAGCGGCAAGAGCUUCAGCUUCCUGAUCUCGUCCGACUACGAGCGAGCCGAAUGGAAGGAGCUCAUCAGAAAGCAGCAGAAGAAAUGUCCCAAAGCCUCUCUGCUGACUUCCGUGGAACUUCAGAUGUUGACCAACUCUUGUGUCAAACUGCAGACAGUGCACCACAUCCCGCUGAGUGUCAAUCAGGAAGAGGACGAGAGUGCGGGUCUGUACGGCUUCCUGAACGUGAUCGUGCACUCGGCCUGCGGUCUGAAGCAGAGCCUGAAUCUCUACUGCACGCUGGAGGUGGACUCUUUCGGCUUCUUCUCCAACAAGGCCAAGACCAGAGUGUACCGAUACACCACCGAACCCAAAUGGAACGAAGAGUUCGAGAUCGACCUGGAGGGCUCGCAGACCCUGAGGCUGCUCUGCUACGAGAAGUGCUACAACAAGAGCAAGCACAGCAAAGAGGACGGAGGAGACGGCGCCGACCGCAUCAUCGCCAAAGGACAGAUCCCGCUGGUGCCACAAAUGCUGCAAGGCAAAGAGUGGCAGAGGACCAUCAUCCCUAUGACUGAGAUGGAAGUGAAAGUGUCCAUGAAGUUCACCAGCAGAGAGUUAAGUCUGAAGAAGAUGCCAUCACGGAGACCCAUGGGAGUGUUUGGAGUCAAGAUCUCCUCUGUCACCAAACGUGAGCGUUCCAAGGUGCCCUACAUCGUGCGACAGUGCCUGGAGGAGAUUGAGAGGCGGGGCAUGGAGGAGGUGGGCAUCUACCGAGUGUCGGGUGUGGCCACAGACAUCCAAGCCCUGAAGACGGCCUUCGACAGCAACAACAAAGAUGUUUCUGUCAUGAUGAGCGAGAUGGACGUCAACGCCAUCGCCGGCACCUUGAAGCUUUACUUCCGCGAGCUUCCAGAACCGCUCUUCACCGACGAGCUCUACCCCAACUUUGCAGGCGGCAUCUCUCUGUCAGACAGCGUCGCCAAGGAGAGCUGCAUGUUGAACCUGCUGCUGUCGCUACCCGAGCCCAACCUGGUCACCUUCCUCUUCCUCCUAGACCACUUGAAGAGGGUGGCGGAGAAGGAGUGCAUCAACAAGAUGUCCCUCCAUAACCUGGCUACAGUGUUCGGUCCUACGCUGCUGAGACCUGCAGAGAAGGACAGUAAGAUCCCAGCCAACCCCAGCCAGCCAAUCAGCAUGGGGGACAGCUGGUCCCUGGAAGUCAUGGCGCAGGUGCAGGUGUUGCUCUACUUCCUGCAGCUGGAGACCAUCCCCACGCCUGACAGCAAACGCCAGAGCAUCCUCUUCUCCACGGAGGUAUGAAGACCUUCUCCGCUCACCUCGCACCCAGACUCUGGUGGACUUUCAGGUCUCGGACCACCUCCGCCCCCCCACCCCCGAGUCAGCCUUGCAGUAUAGGGACGGGGUUCGUUGUCCUCCACAAGAGGGCGACAGUGAGACGACAGGUCCGCACCUUCCAUUGGGUCAGGAGGAAGAAGUCCUGGAGGGCAAGGCGGCCAUUAGUGCUACCUAGGUUUGUUUACACAGGAAGGCGGGUACAGUAGAUCCUCGCCACGGCACCAAGACUAUUUUUAUACUCUCUCACACACAUCAACACACUAACUUGCAGUCAUACAGACAACAUUCACACGUUGGCGUGCGAUACUGAUACCUGAUAUCGUGGCGAUAUCGCCAAAACAAAACCGAUUCACAUCCGAAUUGCGAUCCUUAUUCAUACUGAUUCUAAAUGGAUUCAUCAUUUUCAAAAAAAAAAUUGAAAAUUGUUUUUUUUAAAUAUCUUUGUAGGCUAUUUACUAGCAGCUACGCAACAGCUCAGCACACAAUAGCACACAAGCUAGACAUAGAUCAUAAUCGUUGAAAUAAAAGGGGACAUUUGUCAACACAAACCAGUAUCAAAUAGUCAUGUCUUACUCACACACCAGAAUAGCAGGUGUCCAGUAACAAACGUGUCCGCAUCGUAACUUGCUGCGUCAUGAGCUGAACUCCAUGAAUUAUUGUGACCACCAGGUGUUGAUAUCACAUUGCAUCAAUAUGAUUCCUGGUGAUAUCAAACUGGAUCAAUAUGAUUCCUGCUGAUAUCACAUUGAAUCAAUAUGAUUCCUGCUGAUAUCAUACUGGAUCAAUAUGAUUCCUGCUGAUAUCACAUUGGAUCAAUAGGAUUUCGGCUGAUAUCAUACUGGAUAAAUAUGAUUCCUGCUGAUGUACUGGAUCAAUAUGAUUCCUGCUGAUAUCACAUUAGAUCAAUAUUAUUUCUGCUAAUAUCAUACUGUAUCAAUAUGAUUCCUGCUGAUAUUAUGAUGGAUCAUUAUGAUUCCUGCUGAUAUACUGGAUCAAUAUGGUUCCUGCUGAUAUCACAUUGGAUCGAUAUGAUUCCUGCUGAUAUCAUACUGGAUUAAUAUGAUUCCUGCUGAUAUCUUACUGGAUCAAUAUGAUUCCUGCUGAUAUACUGCAUCAAUAUGAUUCCUGCUGAUAUCACAUUGGACCAAUAUUAUUCCUGCUGAUAUCAUACUGGAUCAAUAUGAUUCCUGCUGAUAUCUUACUGGAUCAAUAUAAUUCCUGCUGAUAUACUGGAUCAAUACGAUUCCUGCUGAUAUCACACUCGAUCAAUAUGAUUCCUACUGAUAUCAUACUGGAUCAAUAUGAUUUCUGCUGAUAUCACAUUGCAUCAAUAUGAUUCCUGCGAAUAUCACAAUGUAUCAAUAUGAUUCCUAUUGAUGUCACAUUGGAUCAAUAUGAUUUCUGCUGAUAACAUACUGGAUCAAUAUCAUUCCUGCUGAUAUCAUACUGGAUCAGUAUGAUUCCUGCUGAUAUCACAUUAGAUCAACAUGAUUCCUGCUGAUAUCACAUUGGAUCAAUAUGAUUCCUGCUGAUAUCACAUUAGAUCAACAUGAUUCCUGCUGAUAUCACAUUGGAUCAAUAUGAUUUCUGCUGAUAUCACAUUGGAUCAAUAUGAUUCAUGCUGAUAUCACACUCGAUCAAUAUGAUUCCUGUUGAUAUCACAUUGGAUCAAUAUGAUUCCUGUUGAUGUCACAUUGGAUCAAUAUGAUUCCUGCUGAUUACACAUUGGAUCAAUAUGACUAUUGCUGAUACCACAUUGGAUCAAUAUGAUUCUUGCUGAUAUCACAUUAGAUCAAUAUGAGUCCUGCUGAUAUCAUAUUGGAUCAAUAUGAUUCCUGCUGAUAUGAAAUUGGAUCAAUAUGAUUCCUGCUGAUAUCACAUUGGAUCAACACGAUUCCUGCUGAUAUCACAUUGGAUCAACACGAUUCCUGCUGAUAUCAUAUUGGACCGAUACGAUGCCUGCUGAUAUCACAUUGGAUCACUAUGAUUAUUGCUGAUAUCAAAUUAGAUCAAUAUGAGUCCUGCUGUCACAUUGGAUCAAUAUCAAUAUCGAUACUCCAGGCUGUAAAGUCGGUAACGCAUCAGAAGUGCGUUGUUGUAUGAAAAAAGCGAAGAUCUACUGUACUCCUAAAAUAAAUCGUAUUCGUUCCACUUGUUCCUUCGACUUUGCGUUUGAUAUCCAGGAAGCAAUAUCUUUUCUACUCGUAUCGGCCCUGUUGUACAUAAUGUGUCAUCCAAGAUGUUGAACAUAAUUUAUUGUUUCUAGUCGGCCUGCACGCGUCCUUCAAUGAACAAGCAGGAAGUUGGCCUUCUUUCUUUUCUUGCUUUUUCUCAAGCUGCUGUCUGUGUGUGUCUGUGUGGCUCCCCCUGCCUGUGAGAAGGUGUACUACAUGAAAAUGAUUGAUCACUGGCAUGAGCGUAAAUGCGACAGUUAUGAUCACUUUAUUGAUCCGAGCCCCACAUGGGAAAUACAUCAAUAAAAUAUCAUUUUAUACCUCUUUUUAAAUACAUGGAACAAUGAAUUGGGGUGCAUGAGAAAGUGGAAAGGAAAACAUAGCUGUCUUCAACUAAAGGGGUGCAAAAAAAAAAAAUCGGUUCACAUCCGAAUCGCGAUUCCAAAUCGAGUCAUCAUUUUCAAGAGAUUCGGUUUGAAUCAAGAAUCGAUUCUGAAUCUGAAUCGGAUCGAAUCGUUCGAUAACUAAAGAUUCACACCAUAUUAGGGGUGCACAAGAAAAAAUCAAUUCACAUCAUCCGAAUCGGGUUUCCUAUUGAUGGCGAUUCUGAAUCGAUUCAUAUUUUUUUUUAAACGAUUCACAAAAUGUGUAUUAUUUUUUAUUAAUUAUUUAAAUUUUUUGAAAACGUUUAUUAUAAUUAUUAGACCAAAUAACACAUUACGGGAAUCAGUUUGAAUCGAGAAUCGAUUCUGAAUCGGAAUCGGCUAGAAUCAUUCUGUGCCUAAAGAUUCACACCAUAUUAGGGUUGCACAAGAAAAAUGCAUUCACAUCAUCCGAAUCUGGAUUUUUAUUCAUGGCGAUUCUGAAUCGAUUCAUAAUUUUUGAAAAUGUAUAUUGUUUAUUUAUUAUUUUUAUUAAACAUUUUUGAAAAAGGUUAUUAUAAUUAUUAUACCAAAUAAAACAUUGCAAGAAUCGGUUUGAAUUGAGAAUCGAUUCUAAAUGUGAAUCGGAUCGAAUCAUUCGGUGCCUAAAGAUUCACACCAUAUUAGGGGUGCACAGGAAAAAAUCAAUUCACAUAAUCCGAAUCGGGUUUCCUAUUAAUGGCGAUUCUGAAUCGAUUCAUAAUUUUCGAAAAACGAUUCACAAAAUGUGUAUUAUUUUUUAUUAAUUAUUUAAAUUUUUUGAAAAAGGUUAUUAUAAUUAUUAGACCAAAUAACACAUUAUGGGAAUCAGUUUGAAUCGAGAAUUGAUUCUGAAUCUGAAUCGGCUCGAAUCGUUCAGUGCCUAAAGAUUCACACCAUAUUAGGGAUGCACAAGAAAAAUCAAUUUAUCCGAUCGGGAUUCUAAUUCAUGGCGAUUCUGAAUCGAUUCAUAAUUUUCAAAAAUUGAUUUAAAUUUUUUUUAUUAUUUUUUAUUUUUUUUAUUUAUUUUUAAAAAAUUCAAAGGUUAUUAUAAUUAUUAUACCAAAUAUGACAUUGCAAGAAUCUGUUUGAAUCGAGAAUCGAUUCUAAAUGUGAAUCGGAUCGAAUCAUUCGGUGCCUAAAGAUUCACACCAUAUUAGGGUCAUUCGAAUAGGGUUUCUUAUUAAUGGCGAUUCUGA